AUGGCUCAACCUCUGGAGUGGAAGAAUAGUAAAAGAAUCAAUGCCGUCGAUGUCGGAGAGAAGAAAGAUGACGUCAGAGGAUUGGCAAAAGGGAGAAGAGAAGGUGGAGAGGGAGUAGGACAUGGACGUCCCUAUGAUGAGGCAGUCAUCCAUCUACUCGUUGACCCUGGACGAGAUCUAGAACACGAUGUGCUAGCCGUCAAGCCCGACAAUACCUUUGGAUCCAUGAACAUGGAUGAGUUCCUCGCCAACAUCUGGAACGUCAAAGAGGGUCAGAUCGUCCAUGCAGUUGGAUCGGAGGUGCAGCCCAAUGGUGGAGGGGUGCCGCCGUCGGUGCCUCUGCAGCGACAAGGGUCGAUCACCAUUUCGGCACUGCUGUGUAGGAAGAUGGUGGCGAGGUUUGGAUGGAGAUCCAUCGGAGUUGGAAAGUCGACCAUCCACAGGAGCAUGGGACUGACCAGCGACGACGUAGUCCCUCACCAGCUCACCCUCGAGAAGAUGAUGCUUAAGGACUUCCUCAUCAAGGUUGAGGUUGUGAGGGAGGGCUAUCAUCAGGUUGUCUCUCCAUCACCUCACACGCCGCCUUCGCUAAUCCCGUGGCCUAUGCUAUGA